AUGCGUGAGUGGGCUGAUCGAUAUGGAUCCGUUUUCUCCUUGAAAGUCGGUACAUCGUCCAUCAUCGUGCUUUGCGACCGCGAGGCUAUUCACAAGCUUUUAGUUGAGAAGGGCAGCGUCUACUCCGACAGACCUCCUAGCUAUGUCGGCCGAUUGCUGACGAGGGGCGACCAUCUCGCCCUCGAGCAAAUGGAUAGCACAUGGCGGGACAAGCGCAAGGUCAUCUCCCACAAUUUCUCUCCUAAGAGACUUGACGAGCAGCACUUUAGAGUUCAGGAGGCAGAAGCUACCGUCUUAAUGACAAAUCUCCUGGAUAGUCCAGAUGGUUUCUACAACCAUAUUCGCAGGUACACGGCGUCCGUAGUUACGUCCAUCACCUACGGCUUCAGGGCGGCCAGCUUCGAGUCAUUCUGGGGACAUGGGGUUUACGAUGUCAUGACCAAGUGGACAGCUUCCAUGGAGCCGGGAGCUAAUCCCCCAGUGGACGUCUUCACCUUCCUUCGACACGUUCCCGCAUCGUUCGCGUACUGGAAGCGCCGCGCGAUUGACGCUGGAAAAACAAUGGACGAAACUUGGUCAACGGCACGCCGGCUGGUCGAAGAGCGGCGAGCUCAUGGAGAAAAACGUAACUGCAUUAUCGACGGCCUGCUCGACGAGUACGAGCAGAAGGGUUGGCCAGCCUCUAUAAGCCAGCAUGCUUUUACCAAUCUCAUGGGUGAGAUCAUCGAGGGCGGUGCUGACACCACUGCGGCGCAGCUCCUCACGCUGAUUCUCGCCUUUGCCCUCCAUCCCGAGAUUCAGCGGAAGGCACAAGCCGAGAUCGAUGAGGUUUGCGGAAGUGAGCGAUCCCCACGAUGGGACGACUUUGAGAAGAUGCCCUAUAUCAAUUGCAUUGUCAAAGAAGGGAUGCGAUGGCGCCCAGUUGCCGUGACGGCUUUGCCGCACAAAACUCGCCAGAAUGACGAGUACAACGGCAUGUUCAUACCGAAAGACUCUACAGUCUUCAUCGCAACGUGGGCUCUACACCAUACCGACGCAAAUUACCCCAGUCAUGAUACGUUCAACUCAGAUCGCUACUUGAAGCACCCCAAGCUGGCCAACGACUAUGCCGGUAGCCCUGAGUGGAGCAACCGAGACCAUUACAACUACGGCGCCGGUCGUCGGAUUUGUCCCGGCAUUCAUCUUGCUGAGCGCAACAUGUGGCGCAUCGCGGCUAAAUUACUGUGGGCAUUCGACUUCGCGGAACCCCUUGAUCCAGAGACGGGUAAAGUUACGCCCUUGGACGCAAAUGCGUAUAACCCUGGGAUUCUACAAGCGCCUUUGGAGUUUAAGGCCCGUAUUACGCCGAGGAGUGAAGCACACGUCGCUACAAUUAGGAGAGAGUACACAGACGCCGAAGGGUUCUUGGCUCAGUACGCUUGA